AUGAGAGAUAAAGAUGAACUGUCUCCUUCAUCAUCAUGCAAUAUUAUCAAAUUCGAUCUUAACGAAGUUCCUCCUUCUGAUACGAAUGAAUUCGAUCUUAACGAAGUUCCUCCUUCUGAUACGAAUGAAGAAGACCAUCGAGUUUCUAGUGGAGCUUCUAGGUUGCGUAACAAUAAUAUUGACCUUAACAAGUCCCCAAGGGAAGAGCCACCAAACCAUGACGAUGUCAACAUCACUCAGAACUUACUAAACCCUAAACCUCUCAAGCGAAAGGGACGGGGUAGUGGUAGGUUGAAUGAAGCAAAGAAGCAAAGACUCAAUGCUGCUUUGGAAGUAGAAGAUGUGUGGCUCAUCUUUGAGAAGACUUUGUCCAUGAGUGAUGUCAACCCAAACCAGAGCCGUUUCUUAAUCCCUCUCAACAAGCUAAAAAGAAACGACUUCUUGACGCAAGAGGAAUCAAGUUUCUUAGAACAAGAAAAGAGGGGCAAGCAGCCUGGACUGGAAGCGAUACUCGUGGAUCAAAGGUCUGAAGCAUGGAGUUUGGUGUUCAAGAGAUGGGUGAUGAAGAAGAAGAAGAAUAACUCUCAAAGCCGCUCAUUGAACUACGUUUUGAACUGUGGCUGGAACGACAUCGUUAAGGAGAAUAAUUUGAAAGCCAAAGACAAGAUCAGUCUCUGGUCUUUUAGGUGCGACGGGGUCCUCUGCUUUUCCCUAGUUACUCAUCCUCCUACCAUUAUUACAUAG